AAAUAGAAAAAAUAUAGAUAUAUUUUUAAAAAAGCUUAAAGUUUCUUAAAAAAAUUUAAUAAAUUUUAAAGGAAACUUAAUAAGCUUAAUAAAUAUUUGUAGAAAUAUGGAGAAUUCUUUAUUUGAAGAUGUUCCUUAUAUAGAAAAAGAUGUUAUAUUUGAAUUGAUGAGAUUAUAUAAAGAUGACAAAUUCGAGAAAAAAGUCGAUUUAGGCAUUGGAGUAUAUAGAGAUAAUUAUGGAAAGCCAUGUCUACUUUCAUCAGUGAGAAAAGCAGAAUCUAUAAUAAUUACAGAUCCUAAUUAUAAUCAUGAAUAUUUACCUAUUGAUGGAUUGCCUUCGUUUAUUGAGGCGUCUAAGAAGCUUGUUUUUGGGGAGAAUUCUCCGUUAAUUAAUAGUGGCUGUGUUUCAUCAGUUCAGACUAUUUCUGGAACGGGUGCAAAUCAUCUUGGUUCUUUAUUUAUUUCUUUGUUUAACAAAGGAGCUGUUUGUUAUUUUAGUAGACCUACAUGGUCAAAUCAUGAUCCUAUUUGGAAGCAUGCUGGUCUUACUAUCAGAGAAUAUCCUUAUUUUGAUGAAUCGACAUGUGGUUUUGAUUUCGAAGGAAUGAUAACGACAUUACAAGAAGCUCCUGAAAAUAGUAUUAUUCUUCUUCAUGUUUGUGGUCAUAAUCCAACUGGAGUUGAUCCUACUCGAGAACAGUGGAUAAAAAUAUGUGAUGUGAUGAAGGAAAAAAAACUAUUUCCUUUUUUUGAUUUUGCAUAUCAAGGUUUUGUAUCAGGAGAUAUAGAUGAAGAUGCUUGGCCCAUUCGACAUUUUUCAGAACGAGGUUUUGAGCUUUGUGUAUGUCAUUCGUUUUCUAAGAGUUUUGGGUUAUAUGGUGAACGAUGUGGUUGUUUUCAUUUAGUAGUCAAAUCACCUGAUAUAGCAAAAAAUGUUCAUAGUCAGCUUGUUCGUAUACAAAGAAAUGAAAUAUCUUCGCCUCCUUCUUAUGGAGCAAAAAUAGUUUCUCUUAUUUUAAAUAAUGAACAGCUUACUCAAGAAUGGAAAAAAAACAUUUUAGAAAUCUCAAAUAGGAUUAAGGAGAUAAGAAAAUUGUUUUACCAAGAGUUAAUAAGACUUGGUACACCCGGUUCAUGGGAACAUAUAAUAAACCAGGUGGGAAUGUUUUCAUAUCUGAGUUUAAGCGAGAAAGAUAUUUGUCGCUUAGUAAACGAAUUUCAUAUUUAUAUACCCUCAAAUGGGAGAAUAUCUAUAUCUGGUUUAAGAACCGGGAAUUUAGAAUAUGUUGCUAGAGCAUUUGAUACUGUUGUCCGUGACUUAUAA